AUGUGGGUACUUCUACUACUUGCCGCUAUCAUCCCACAGACAUUCUGUCAGCUAGAAGAGUAUAAAAUCGAUGUAGAAGAAUGUAAAACAGCGGGAUUCAAUCCGGAGACAUUGAAGUGCGGUCUGUGCGAACGGCUAUCAGACUAUCAUUUGGAGACGCUAAUGUCCGAUUGUAUGCAGUGUUGUAUAAAGGAGGAGGAGUUCAAGCAUAAUAAGUACCCAACUGCAAUUCUAGAAGUUUGCGAGUGCAAUUUGGCGAGGUUCCCACAGGUUCAGGCAUUCGUCCACAAGGAUAUGGCUCGACAGUUCGGCGGAAAGGUCCGUGUGAAGCAUGUCAGAGGAGUUCGGCCACAAGUCGCACUGAAAGACGCCGAUUCCAAGACACAAGAGGUGUUGAGUGUCGAGAAGUGGGACACCGACACACUCAUCGACUUCUUCAAUCAGUGGCUGGAAUAA